AUGGAGCUCAUCAGCGAGGAGGCUCUCGCCUUGGCGCUGGAAAGCGGCGCAGAGCUCAUCGCGGCGCUGGAUGCGGUGGUCGAGGAGUCGAAGGAACCUUUGGAGGGCAACAUCCUGUAUAUGCACCAGAGCCUCGAGCAGAACCCCAAGAACCUGCCCAAGCAGCGGAACUUGUUCAGCCUGGCGGCCUCUUUGCCUCUGGAAGACAGCGUCGUCAUCGAGGUGGGCUUCAACGCGGGGCACUCGAGCCUCCUGAUGCUCCUGGCCCACCCCAAGCUGCGGAUCAUCGCCUUCGAUCUCGCAGAGCACGCCUACACCAGGCCCUGCUUCGACCGUUUGGCGGCCGCCUUCCCGGGGCGGCUGCAGCUGGUGCCGGGCCGGUCCCAGCAGACGCUGACGCGCUGGGCCAAGGAGAACUCCUUGCGGGCUGACCUGGUGCAUAUCGACGGGGACCAUGCAGCUCCUGCCGCGAAGGCGGAUCUGCAGAACGCGAGGCAGGCGGCGCGCGGCGGCGCCUGGGUGGUGUUCGACGACGUGUGCUUCACCCCGCUCAAGGCGGUGUGGGCAGAGGCGUUGGCCAGCGGUCUGAUCGUGGAUCCCCAGGUGGAGUUCUGCCCUACCAACCGCCACGGCAUCGCCAGGUAUGCACGCAGCCCCAGGCCGCGGGAAGACCCACUGGACCUCCUUCCGGUGCUCUCGCACCGGGGGAGGCAGCGCCAUGUGCUGGUGCUGGCGCCCACGGAUCAUGGCCAGGACAGCCUUCUGGGCUACCUCACCCGGCACCGCCUCUGGCGCAGCGAAGAGAAGUUGGUCGGUGCCAAGAAGCUCCUCCCUUCCACCACCCAGCGCCACCAAAGCCCCUGGAUCUCCCUGCCGCUGCGCUACGAAGCGCCGCAGGACCUUCCGGUUUUGGUGAACCUCGUGGCCCCGCACUUCGCAAACUUCCAGCAGAUCAAGGACUGCCUGCCACUCUGUGAGGGCACCUUAGUGGUGGUGGACUGCGCGGAGGGUCUGAACGAGGACUUCUGCGGAGUCUUUGGGAAGGCGGCGGAGGCCGGGCUGGCGCCGGUGCUUUUCCUCAACAAGCUGGACAAGCUGCUGUCGCUGGAGCCGGACAACGAGCAGUGCUACCAGCGGGUCUGGGCCAUCGUCGAUCGGCUCAACAGCAUUUUGCAGGACUUCUCUCGACCGCCGCUGGAUGUCCAAAGGAUCGUCUUCGGAAGAGGCUCGCUGAGCGUCGCGGAGUCCAUCGGCGGCUGGGGCUUCCGCUUGGAGGGCCUCCUGAAAGAACUGGGGACACGCAAAGCGUGGAGCGAGGAGCAGGUGGGUCGCCUGCUGCCGCGCCUAUGGGGGGACCAUUUCUUCAACGGCAAGAGCUGGGGAUCUCGCCGAGACCCAGGCGACGCUUCGGAGCGCGGCUUUUGCAAGCUAGUACUCCAGCCGCUCCGGGAGAUCUAUGCCAUGCUGGAGGCCCCAGAUGCCGCGAACUUGGCGCGGCUGCGGGCGCUGGGCGUGAUGCCCAGAGAAGAUCUCACCGGCAACGCGUGGAAGCAAAGCGCAGUGGAGGCAUGGCUUCCCUUGGCCGACGUCCUGCUUGAGGCAGUGGCGAAGACAGUGCCGGCGCCAAAGGAGCCACCGGCAGACGCCGUGUUUUAUGCGCCGCAUUGCGUGGCUUCUUCUGACGGCAGCUGCUUUGCCUUUGGCCGGCUCGUUCCACCGCAAGCUGUGGCACAGGGCAUCCCGCAAGUGACGGCUGCCGCUUCGGCCCGGUGGCUGCUCAAUGGGCCUCUGGCCGUCUCGGUGACGGCGACGCCGGGCAGCCUACUGGGCGUAGCUGUGGAGUCACCCGCCUCCGGCGCAGUGACGGUGGUCUGA